AUGCGUCAGGUUUAUGCUGCAAUCAAGUGGAUACAAGUGAUUACAGCUACACUAAGUAUUUUAGGCCCUGGCUGUAUAAUUGGUUAUGCUGUGUUCCAGAAUGUAGUAACAUCACCAGAGGUUCAACCUCUCUUCUUACUCAGCCUUUUCGAUUUGCUCCUCGCAGCGUGUUGGCUCAUUGGAGCUGUUCUGUAUAGGAAAGCAUGCCAUCAGAGUGCUACAUGCUAUAACCUGCAGGCACUGGGUCAGAUGUUCUAUAUUUCCACCUUUUUCUACACAUUAAACUAUACUUGGCAAACCUUCAGUAGCCUGAAAAGAAGGCUGGACAGUGAGGUAUAUAAGAUGUCAGACAAAGAGUCCCGCUUUGGAAGAAUAGCUACAGUUCUGUGCAGUGUUGUUCCCGUCAUAUUCACUAUUCCUGUCCUGUACAUUGGAAACUCCGAGCAAUGCUAUAUGAACAUCAGUGACAGCUGCUUGGUGUUGAAUGUUGGAUCCCAGAUUACAGCAGACCUCGGAAGGCUUGACAUUGCUUGUACACACUUACAUUUCUAUAGCACAGCUGUCUUCCUGACUACCUUCUGCCUUACAGUCAUCCUCAUUCUGGUGAUUGUAGUUUAUUCAAAUAUGAUUGUCCAAAGACAUCUUGCAACUGCAGGUGUCAUCCAAGACCAACAGUGGGCAGUCAUCAAAGUAAUGAGCUGGAGCCUUCUGCUGUUCCCUAUCAUCUUCUUUCUCUGCUGCUUGCCAGUGCUAUUUAUUUUUUUAUAGGCUAUUACAGCAGUCUCUCCUGGUUUUUUUAACUGCUUGGCAUAUGGAUGGACACAGCACAUGCUGCGGAGGUUAAAACAAAGAGGCUGUCGGGAUGUGGACACACAGACCCCUCUCCUGCGUUCACAGAAAAAGAUGUAUGCCAGCAUGGGCACCUAUACCACUGACAUCAAGUCACUCACCGUGUCAGCAUUUUAA